GAACUAAUGUUACUGUCCUGGCAAAGUCUGUUGCGCUGGAAGCCACUGAAGGUGGAGGGACUGCGUCGAGCAGCCGACGGAAUAAAGCCCCUGGAGACCAUUGACUUGACCGCAAUCGAUGAGGAACAGCCAGUCAUUAGACCCCUACCCGAUGGGAACAAUGGCCUCUACUUGUGCCCCAUUUGCAUGAGUGCUCUGGAGCAGCCGGUGACCACCAUGUGCGGCCACGUCUUCUGCAAGAAAUGCCUGACCACCGCCAAGAUUCUAUUCCAUUUGUGCCCCAUAUGCAAGAAGUCCGUGAAGAAGUACAUUCGCAUAUACACCUAAUACUGAGGUGCCCUUGCGUUCAAAUUCGUUAUCGUUUAUAAGUGUUAUCAAUGUGUAUCUAUAAUGUUUGUGUUUCUAAUAUUGAUACUAGAGGAUC